AUCAAACGCGCUAUUUUAAAUUUUUGAUACUAUACUUAAUAACUUUAUAAUUGAUGACUAAAUAAUUCAUAAGUAUUUACAUUAUAUCAAUACACAAUAAAGAUUAUAUUUUUUUAAUGGUUGUUAUAAGUGUUUGAUAAAAUUUUUAAUUAAAAUCAAUAAAAAAUAAUAAUGACACAUAAUAUAAUACUACUAAUUUGACACUAACAAAUUUCUGACAAUAUAAUCAAAUUUUUUAUUAUGAUUUUAUAUAAUAAAAAUAAUAACAAAAGAAAGUAAUAUAAAUUAUAUGUGAAUUAUAUAUAUGAUAUAAAUUUAUAUAAUGUAUAAAAUGUAAAUAAUUUUUUAUCAUCAUGAAAUUUAAUGAAAAAGAACUUGCAGAAGCAAGUAAUGGUCCCGCUGACAUUGAAGGUCGUUUAAAUCAUAAACGAGCACACAAAUCAGGAUUCAAGGAAAAAUGGUUCAAAUUGAGAUGUAACUUAUUGUUCUAUUUCAAUAUUAAUGAAUUAGGACAAAUUGAUACUAAGCAACCAGCAGGUGUAAUUAUUUUAGAAAAUUAUAGUAUUAAUCUUGAUGCUGCUUCUGAAGGUGUUUUUGCAUUUAGUAUAGCAUUUCGAGAUGAAUAUGAAAAAAGACAUAUUUUAAGUGGUCGUUCAGAAUCUCAAGUUGAACAAUGGGUCAAUGCACUUAAACAAGCAAGCUAUGAAUAUUGGAGAUUUCGUUUAAUAGUACUUCAAGAAAAAUUAUGCAAGAAAACAGGAAUAGAUCCUUUGCUUAUGUAUCCACGAAAUCAAGGAAUUAUUAGAGAUGAAGCAUGGGAAGCUGUAUCAACUUUUCGAUCUCACGUACGCUCUUUUACUACAUCAGUUGUAACAUCAACAGCAUUAAAUACAGUAACAAAAGAAAUGAACUUAAUUGAAUUUUAAAUCAAAUAAUCUAAUUAUUUUAUAUAUUUAUUAAAUCUAUUUAAUCAUAUUACAUUUACAUAUUAAAAUUAUGUAAGAUAUAGACAUUUAAAAACUUAAAUUUAUAUGAUAAUAAAAUAACAAGCUUUAAAAUAUUCAUUGCAGCUAUAAAUUAUAUAAUUUAUUUCAUCAUUAUUAAACAAACAAUUUUUAUAAGCAAAUAACAAUUUAUUUUCAUUAAAAUUGAAUAAAAAAUAAUUUUCAUUAUUUAUAAAUAUAUAUAUAAAUAAAAAUUUUAUAUAUAUUUUUAUUAUAUUUAAUGUAUAUUACAUAUGUAUAUAAAAUAUACUUUUUAUAAUAUUUUUACACAAAAUAAUUUAAUUUUAGUAUGAUUUUUAAAAAAUAUACAUAAAUAUACUAUAUAAUAGUUAAAAAUGUAUUGAUUGAUUGAUUUGAUAAAUGGUUUUUAAGAAAUUUAUAUUAUAAGUGAUUAUUCUAAUAUUGUAGAUAUUUUCUACCUCAUAUAUAGAUUUUUCUAAAUAUUUGUAAGUUAAAUACUUUUUAUAUAUAUAUUUUAUAGUAUAUUUAUAGUAUAUUUUUAGUAAUUAUUAAUUUAAUAAUAAUAUAUAUUUAUGAUAUUGAAAUAAAAAAAUAUUUAUUAAUAUUUAAAAUAAUUUUUAAAAAUUUUUCAAUUUUAUUAUAUUUAUAAAAUAUAUAUCAUACAAAAAUAGAAAGAUAAUAUAUUAUUCAAAGUGAACAUGAGAAAAACAUUAUAUAUAUUUAACUGAUACAUGUAUUUAUUUUUUUUUAUUUAUCAUAAAUCACAUUCACAAAUUCAAUUUUAAUUUGAAUAAAAGUAAUAUUAAUCAUUAGUAAAAUUGUAUAAAAUUGAUUGUUUAUGCCAUAUAUAUAUUUUUAUAUAUUUAUGUAUAAAAUAUAAUAAUAUAAUUUAUAUAAAUAUAUGGAUAUUUAUUAUGCUA